CCAGCAGCGCGGCUGUGGGUCGGUGUGUUCGCUCGGUCUCUGCAUGGCUCUUCCCAGGGAUGCCAUGAAAAUCAGAAGAGCCGACUGAGAGCCCGCUGCUCCUCGCUAUCUCAGACACAGUGGCGGCGGCAGAGGUGGAGAGCGAUGGAUCCUGGUGGAAAGAUCCAAAUUAGGUAGCGUUUACGAAGAGAACCGAGGAGAGGAGAGCGUCUCCGUUUUGCAGUUUAGUCGCCGCCGGAGCCGUCUUAAGGAUGGAUUUCACCCAGCUCCGGAACAUCAUCAGCAGAUACUGUGUGGGGGAGGAGAUCUGGGUGGACAGUCGGACGGUGUACAUCGGCCAUAAAGAGCCUCCUCCGGGAGCUGAGGCCUACAUCCCUCAGCGUUACCCCGACAACCGCAUCGUCUCCUCCAAGUACACCUUCUGGAACUUCAUCCCCAAGAAUUUAUUCGAGCAGUUCAGAAGGAUCGCUAACUUCUACUUCUUGGUUAUAUUUCUGGUCCAGCUCAUCAUCGACACCCCCACCAGCCCAGUCACCAGCGGCCUGCCCCUCUUCUUCGUUAUCACCGUCACCGCAAUAAAACAGGGCUACGAGGACUGGCUCCGACACAAGGCUGACUGCUCUAUAAACGAGUGUCCGGUGGACGUGGUGCAGCAGGGGAAGGUGGUGAGGACUCAAAGUCACAAGCUACGGGUGGGGGACAUCGUGGUGGUGAGGGAGGACGAGACUUUCCCCUGCGACCUCAUCCUGCUCUCCUCCAGCCGCCAUGACGGGACCUGCUACGUCACCACCGCCAGUCUGGACGGGGAGUCGAGUCACAAGACCUAUUAUGCUGUACAAGAUACCCUGGCCUUUAGAACGGAGCAGGAGGUGGACUCGCUACACGCCACCAUCGAAUGUGAACAACCACAGCCUGACCUCUACAAAUUUGUGGGACGCAUUAAUAUUUACAAGGACAAAGAAGAGCCAGUGGCUAGACCACUUGGGGCGGAGAAUUUGCUCCUCAGAGGAGCCACACUGAAGAACACACAACAUAUUUAUGCUGUUGCAGUCUACACUGGUAUGGAGACUAAGAUGGCGCUUAAUUAUCAGUCUAAAUCUCAGAAGCGCUCCGCUGUAGAAAAGUCGAUGAAUGCCUUCCUCAUAGUGUACCUGUUCAUCUUGAUCAGUAAAGCGGUCAUCAACACGGUUCUGAAAUACGCCUGGCAGUGGUCUCCAGACAGAGACGAGCCCUGGUACAACCACAGGACGGAGAACGAGCGCCAGCGACAUGUGGUGAUCCGAGCCUUCACAGACUUCCUGGCCUUCAUGGUCUUAUUUAACUACAUCAUCCCAGUGUCUAUGUACGUGACGGUGGAGAUGCAAAAAUUCCUGGGCUCCUAUUUCAUCACAUGGGAUGAGGAAAUGUUCGACGAGGAGCUGGGAGAGGGGGCUCAGGUCAACACCUCGGAUCUGAACGAGGAGCUGGGACAGGUGGAGUAUGUGUUCACUGAUAAGACAGGCACUCUCACGGAGAACAACAUGGAGUUUAUUGAGUGCUGCGUCGAUGGGAACGUCUACAUCCCACAUGCCAUCUGCAACGGCCAAAUCCUCAGCGCUGCCUCCAGUAUAGACAUGAUUGACUCCUCACCCGGAGGAUAUAGGAGAGAACACGAGGAUCUGUUUUUCCGGGCGCUGUGUCUGUGUCACACGGUGCAGGUGAAGGAGGAGGAGACGGUGGAGAGCAUCAAGAGGGGCAUCCACCAGGGCCGGCCCACCUCCUUCUACAUCUCCUCCUCUCCGGAUGAGGUGGCGUUGGUGGAGGGAAUGAAAAGGCUGGGUUACACCUAUCUGAGACUGAAAGACAACUACAUGGAGAUCCUGAACAAAGAAGAUGAGAUUGAAAGGUUUGAGCUGCUCCAUGUGCUGAACUUUGACUCUGUCAGGAGGAGAAUGAGCGUCAUAGUCAAGUCCAGCGCAGGAGAAUACCUGCUGUUUUGUAAGGGGGCAGACUCGUCCAUUUUCCCCCGAAUCGUGUCUGGGAAGGUGGAGCAGGUGAAAGCCCGGGUGGAGCUGAAUGCUGUCGAGGGUCUGCGGACUCUGUGUGUCGCCUAUCGAAAGCUCUCAGAGUCCGACUACCAGGAGGCGUGUCUUCACCUGAACGAAGCCAAGCUGGCCCUGCAGGACAGGGAGCAGAGGCUGGCGCAGGCCUAUGACAUCAUCGAGAGGGACUUUGUGCUUCUGGGCGCUACAGCAGUGGAGGACAGGCUCCAGGAGAAAGCAGCAGACACCAUCGAGUCACUGCACAAGGCUGGGAUGAAGGUUUGGGUCCUGACAGGCGACAAGAUGGAGACGGCGGCGGCUACAUGCUACGCCAGCAAGCUGUUCCGCCGCAGCACCCAGAUCCUGGAGCUGACCAAGAAACGCACGGAGGAGCAGAGUCUGCACGACGUCCUGUUCGAGCUAAACAGGACUGUUCUCAGACAACGCUCUAUUUCUGGGUUGUCAAUGGACUGCCUGGACUUCGGUCUGAUCAUCGACGGGGCCACGCUGUCUGCAAUCCUGAAGGCGAACCAGGAGGGCGCCGGCUGUGGAAACUACAAAGAGAUCUUUCUGGAGAUCUCUCGCAACUGUAGCGCCGUGCUCUGCUGCCGCAUGGCGCCGCUGCAGAAAGCCCAGAUUGUGAAGCUAAUUAAAGCUUCCAAGGAGCAUCCCAUAACCCUCGCUGUUGGAGAUGGUGCCAACGAUGUCAGCAUGAUCCUGGAAGCACAUGUGGGCAUCGGCAUCAUGGGUAAAGAAGGCCGACAGGCGGCGAGGAACAGUGACUACGCCAUCCCGAAGUUCAAACACCUGAAGAAGAUGCUGCUUGUUCACGGCCACUACUACUACAUCCGGAUUGCAGAGCUCGUUCAGUACUUCUUCUACAAGAAUGUAUGCUUCAUCUUCCCUCAGUUCCUGUACCAGUUCUUCUGCGGGUUCUCCCAGCAGCCUCUGUACGACACGGCGUAUUUGACGUUGUACAACAUCAGCUUCACCUCGCUCCCCAUCCUCCUCUACAGCCUGGUGGAGCAACACGUCACCAUGGAUACGCUAAAGAGGGACCCCUCGUUGUACAGGGACAUAGCGAAGAACUCGCUCCUCCGAUGGCCCGUCUUCCUCUACUGGACGUGCCUGGGUCUGUUUGACGCUGUUAUCUUCUUCUUUGGUGCCUACUUCCUGUUUGACAACACCACCUUUACUAGCAACGGCCAGAUGUUUGGGAACUGGACCUUCGGGACUCUGGUCUUUACUGUGCUGGUGUUCACCGUAACGCUCAAGCUUGCCUUGGACACACACCACUGGACCUGGAUCAAUCACUUUGUCGUCUGGGGGUCGCUACUUUUCUACGUUAUUUUCUCUCUUCUGUGGGGAGGAAUCAUUUGGCCCUUCCUGAACUACCAGAGGAUGUACUACGUGUUCAUGCAGAUGCUGUCCAGCGGCCCCGCCUGGCUCAGCAUCAUCCUGCUCAUCACGGUCAGCCUGCUGCCAGAUGUCAUAAAGAAAGUCCUCUGCAGGGCCUUGUGUCCCACAGCCAUCGAACGCGCACAGGAUCAUGAGAAGCUGUCGGUGGCUGUCGUGGCCGAGUCGACUCCACUGUCCUCUCGUCGGUCCUGCAAAGGCGCGAGCACAGACUCAUCCCGCCUCCACCUGGCCGCUGCAGAGGUGCUGUCGCUGCGCAGGUCUGAUCCCCUUCCCCAGAAACUACUGGUGCACUUGACAGAGGGUGGAGGGGCAGACCUGCGCCCUCUCAGCCCCUACAUUCUCCGUCUAUCAGGGGCGGGAUUCGCCUACUACGCUCCAGGGCCGGAGACCUCCGUGUGAACCAGGCUCUGAAACUGUGUGUGUGUGGAUCUGAUGGGCUGAAACGUAGCAGGAUGUGCGACCAAGGUCUGUGUCUCAAGGAUCGAGGAUUUAUUGAGCAAAACAUAAACAUGUUCACACACACGUCAACCUCCAUGCUGAGUUCACCAUGUGUAUUUUCUGGGCUACACCUGAGUGAACAACCCUUUAUAUAUUACAGCCCUGACGCCUCAUCUUCAUACUUUGUUAACUAUUUUUUUAUUCAGUGUCAUCCCCAAGUCGUAUCAAAGUUCCUACCCAAAAUCUUACUUGAAAAAGUCUAAGAACAAAAGGGGAACUUGUGCAGAGGUGCAUUGUUUCAUGCACUUAGGAACUGUCCUGUUUUAACAUGUCAACAGGCCUUUUUAUAUUCCUCGUUCUUAUUUUCAGUUCUUGCCUGUUCCUCCACUUUUGUGUCCUUUUUGCUUCUUUGUGAAUGUUUGUUUAAAAAACAUAUGUACAGUAGUCUGGCCAAGUCAGGGGCAGCCGUCAAGCUCAGCCCUUUAGGUGUGCGUGAGUGUGCAUGUGCGCGAGUGUAUGCAUGAUAUUUGCCUGUUACCGUAUGUUUGUACGUGACACACCUUUGCCUUACAGGUAGCCACACAGCAGCAGGCUAGGAGCCAAAGGAGAAAGGUGUUAAAAAAACAAAAAAUAAGUGGUGUAUUACAAAGCCUUACCCACACACACACACACACACACACACACACACACACACACACACACACACACACAAACACACACAUCAGCUAAAGGGAGAGAAACUGGGGAAAUCUGAAGAGGGAUGUGCAGUAUUCUCGCCGCCCUGCCUUAAUUCAUACAUU